AAAAACACACAUGCUUUCAACAAAAAGUACUACUACUACUACUACUCAAAUACACUCCCAAUACCAAACCCACAUAUACAAAAACUCGUACAUGCAAAAAGCAAAGCACCCAUAGAUGAACACUGGCUUUUAAGCUUAUUAGCCCCAUCGAAGCACACCCACAAGGAAGAACAACAUUCCACACCACAUCCACAUGGCCACUGUGCCUGCUUUCCUAAACCCAUCUUUCCUCUCUCCAAAACCAAAACCUCCCCAACCAACCACCACUUUUUCUCUUACCAAACCCUUUCUCACUCUACCUCCUCCACCUUCUUCUUCUUCAUUUCGGCUGCAACGAUGUCGUAUGGCACCCAAACCGACCUCUGCAGUAUUAAAGGAUCAUUUGGGUCGUGUUACUAAGACUUGGAGUGAUUUUACGAGCUUAAAUCACUGGGUUGUGCUUGACUAUUACCGUCUAGUGAACUCUGUGAAUGCUCUUGAGCCGAAGAUUCAGAGUCUCUCUGAUGAACAGCUGACUGCGAAAACUGUGGAGUUUCGUCGCCGGUUAAGUGAAGGGGAGACGCUUGCCGAUAUUCAAGCUGAGGCAUUUGCUGUUGUUCGUGAAGCGGCGAGGAGGAAACUUGGAAUGCGCCAUUUUGAUGUCCAGAUUAUUGGUGGAGCAGUGCUUCAUGAUGGGUCUAUUGCUGAGAUGAAAACGGGGGAGGGAAAGACAUUGGUGUCCACACUAGCAGCGUAUCUUAAUGCCCUGACUGGUGAGGGUGUUCAUGUGGUAACUGUUAAUGAUUAUUUAGCUCAACGUGAUGCUGAAUGGAUGGGUCGUGUUCAUCGUUUCUUAGGUCUUUCUGUGGGUCUAAUUCAGAGGGGUAUGACAGCCGAAGAGCGAAGAUCCAACUAUCGAUGUGAUAUAACAUACACCAACAAUUCGGAACUUGGUUUUGACUAUCUGCGCGAUAAUCUUGCUGGAAAUAGUGGACAACUUGUGAUGAGAUGGCCAAAGCCAUUUCAUUUUGCGAUAGUUGAUGAAGUUGACUCAGUCCUUAUAGAUGAAGGAAGAAAUCCUUUGUUAAUCAGUGGGGAGGCUAGUAAAGAUGCCGCACGAUAUCCAGUUGCUGCUAAAAUAGCUGAGCUGCUUGUGCAGGGCCUUCAUUACAAUGUGGAGCUUAAAGAUAAUUCAGUGGAGUUAACUGAGGAAGGGAUUGCACUUGCUGAGACCGCUCUUGAAACAAAUGACUUAUGGGAUGAAAAUGAUCCUUGGGCUAGGUUUGUGAUGAAUGCUUUGAAAGCUAAAGAGUUCUAUCGGCGAGAUGUUCAAUACAUUGUUAGAGAUGGGAAGGCUCUCAUAAUCAAUGAGCUGACAGGCAGAGUUGAAGAGAAAAGGAGAUGGUCUGAGGGGAUUCAUCAGGCUGUAGAGGCUAAAGAAGGUCUGAAGAUUCAGGCUGAUUCAGUUAUUGUGGCACAAAUCACAUAUCAAUCACUCUUUAAGCUUUACCCAAAGCUGUCAGGGAUGACUGGGACUGCAAAAACGGAGGAAAAAGAGUUUUUGAAAAUGUUCCAGAUACCAGUUAUUGAAGUGCCCACCAAUCUUCCAAAUAUUCGUAAAGAUUUACCCAUCCAAGCUUUUGCUACUGCUCGUGGAAAAUGGGAUCAUGUUCGUCAAGAAGUUGCAUACAUGUUUAGACUGGGUCGUCCUGUUUUAGUUGGAACGACUAGUGUGGAGAAUUCUGAACAUUUGUCUGAUCUGCUGAGGGAAUGGAAUAUACCCCACAAUGUCCUGAAUGCACGGCCCAAGUAUGCUGGUAAGGAGGCUGAGAUUGUUGCCCAGGCAGGGCAAAAAAAUGCCAUAACCAUUUCCACAAAUAUGGCUGGUAGAGGCACUGAUAUAAUACUAGGAGGAAAUCCAAAGAUGCUUGCAAAAGAAAUUAUAGAGGAUCAGUUACUUUCGGCUUUAACACGAGAAGCUCCUAAUGUUGAAGUUGAUGGUGGGGAAAUUUCAAAAAAGGUAUUGUCAAAGAUAAAGGUUGGAUCAUCAUCAUUGGCUCUGCUUGCCAAGGCAGCCCUAAUGGCUAAAUAUGUAUGCAAAAGUGAGGGUAAGAGCUGGACAUAUCAAAAAGCAAAAACUUUGAUCUUGGAAGCUGUGGAAAUGAGUCAAUCAAUUAAUUUGAAAGAUAUAGAAAAGCUUGUUGAUGAAGAGUCUGAGAUGUACCCUCUUGGCCCUACUAUAGCACUAGCUUAUCUGUCAGUUCUGAAGGAUUGUGAAGUCCACUGUUCACGUGAGGGGUAUGAGGUGAAAAAAAUAGGGGGUCUUCAUGUGAUUGGCACAUCCUUGCAUGAAUCACGAAGAAUAGAUAACCAGCUUCGUGGAAGAGCUGGAAGGCAAGGGGAUCCUGGAUCAACACGGUUUAUGGUGAGCUUGCAGGAUGAGAUGUUUCAAAAGUUUAAUUUUGAUACUGAAUGGGCAGUGAGACUUAUAUCUAAGAUUACAAAUGAUGAGGAUGUACCAAUUGAGGGUGAAACAAUUGUAAAGCAGCUCUUGGCAUUGCAAAUCAAUGUGGAGAAGUACUUUUUUGGCAUAAGAAAGAGCCUGGUUGAGUUUGAUGAAGUAUUAGAGGUGCAAAGAAAGCAUGUCUAUGACCUUAGGCAAUUAAUUUUAACGGGUGAUAGUGAAAGUUGUUCCCAAUACAUUCUCCAGUACAUGCAGGCAGUUGUGGAUGAAAUUGUUUUUGGAAAUGUUGAUCCAUUGAAGCAUCCAAGGAGUUGGAGCUUGGGGAAGCUCUUGAAGGAAUUCAUCUCAAUUGCUGGGAAGCUGUUGGAUGAUGGAAUUUUUGAAGACUCAUUUGCAGGGAUCACUAAGGAUGCAUUGCUAAAAUCCCUUGGACAACUACAUGACUCUAGUUCAAUUGAUAUUGACAGCUUUUACCUUCCAAACUUGCCAAAACCUUCAAAUUCCUUUAGAGGAAUACGCAGGAAGAGCUCUUCAUUGAAACGUUGGCUUGCUAUAUGCUCUGAUGAUUUGACUGUGAAUGGAAGGUAUCGGGCUACUAUUAAUCUUCUUCGCAAGUACCUUGGAGAUACUCUAAUUGCUUCAUAUUUAAAUGUCAUAGAAGAAUCAGGUUAUGAUGAUGCAUAUGUCAAGGAAAUUGAGAGGGCAGUUCUUGUUAAGACUCUAGAUUGUUUUUGGAGGGAUCAUCUAAUAAACAUGAACAGACUUAGCUCAGCGGUGAAUAUAAGGAGUUUUGGGCACAGGAAUCCUCUUGAAGAAUACAAAAUUGAUGGGUGUCGAUUUUUCAUCUCAAUGCUCAGCGCAACUAGAAGGCUAACUGUAGAAACCCUCUUGCAAUAUUGGUCAUCCCCAAUGGAGUCCCAAGAAUUAUUUUUAUAGGAAAGUAGAAUACUUCUCACGCUGUCGGCAGGAUGAUGUUCUUCUAGUGAUGGUGUAACUUGGCAGGAUAAUAUAAGGAGGUCAGAUGAUGUUCUUCUCUGUGGUAACUUUUGCAUCGGAUUGGUAAAUGCUCAUCUACAAGAUACAUCAUAUGCAUCUUGCUCGUUCUUGUCUGUCUUCCAAACUAUGUUCAAACCCAGUUUCAUCAUACAUUUCAGGGAUUUUGCAGCACCAGGAUAUUGGGAGUAUAAAGCCAUAAAGGAGUUCACGAUAGUUUUGAUCUACAUGGCCAAAAUAAUUAAAAAAAAAAAAAAAAAAAAAUUCAAAGAAACAGGGUUUCCAUAAUGGUGUUGCUGAAAAGGGGUUUCAUAAGCAGCUGUGCAUGACUGGCUCCAAAUUGAGCCAACAAAUCAUUGACAUAAUUUUUUUGUGAGACAUUACUUUUCCUAUGCAAUUAUGUUUUUAGCCAAAAACUUGUCAAUUUUUUUCAUACUUAUAUUUCUUUUUUCAGCUGUAAAAUAACACAUGCCAGACCUCAACAUACUGUUUGUACAUUUUCUAGUGUAAUACUACAGCAUU